GAUAUCAGUGUCGAUCAGGUCGAUCAGUGUCCUGUGGUCCUGUGCAGUCUUAUGUUCUAGCGAUUGAGAAGGUGGUGUGGCGUAACGACGUAUUUUCCCCGACACAAUGGAGAAUAAAAAAUGUCUAACUCUCAUACAGCUUUAUAAAUCUAAAGAGGUAUUGUGGAAUUCAAAAAGUGCUAAUUACUAUAACAAAAGUAUACGCGAGGACGCAUGGAAGGACAUAGGUGACGAAAUGAAAAUGCCAGUUCAGGAUUUAAAAAAGAGGAUGACAAGUUUAUUGGCUUCAUACAGACGAGAAAAGUCCCGAAUUAAGAAGUCUCACAUAACUGGUACUGCUGCAGGUACUGUUUACGUAUCCAAGUGGUUCGCAUUCAAUGAAUUCGACUUUAUGGCCGAUAAAAAUACUCUCACCGAUACUGUAGAUACUUUGCCUGAUGAGCCUGGAACAUCACAUAGUGCCGAAACCUCGGGGCUCGAAAAUGAAAAUGAAGAGCUUGCUGUUGCUGUUGAAGGAAUAACAUCUUCCAGAACACCAGAAGUGCCAGAAGCACCUCAACGUAAAAGGGCCCGCACAGAUCCUUUUGCCAGUGCCAGAGCUAAAGAAGAAAAUCAAGCAGUGCUGCUGGAAGCGUUUCAUAUCCUCAAGUCCAGUGUAACCACACUGACAGACCCGUAUUUUACAUAUGGCCAACAUAUCGCCAAUGAGCUCAGAAAAUAUGACCCAAGCACCUUAGCACAAGUGAAGCAUGCAAUUAAUAAUGUUAUUUUCGAAGCUGAUAUGGGGAAAUAUUCUUAUGGAUAUUACACCCAAAAUUACAGUCAGUAUCCAAGAUCAGAGAGUAUGACUCCAACUCCACUUCCAUCUCCAGCUUCUGCACAUUCAGUGUCAUCAGCUACCACCUAAUAACAUGUGUUAAACUCAGGCUGACAACAAUUCUCAGAAAUCGCGGUUGCGUUGCAGGCGUCAGUUACCUUGGUGUGCCAUCGGCCUUAGGCCCAUCAUCCUGCAGUUUCUUUGUUGAGUUCUUCAACCAAAAUGUGCCAACUUUAGCAGUUAGAGGGUGUCGUAUGGUCGGCGCAAUGGAUCCCUGCGGCCGUUAAUCUCGGUUUUCUAGACCGGAGCUGCUAUUUUCUUGAAAUAGCUCCUCAAUUAUCCUCACGAGGCUG